UCUCUCCUCGCUUUUGACUCUCCACAAACACACUCUCUCUCUCUCUCUCUCUCGCUCCCUCUCCUUUUCACUUUCUCUCUCUACAAAUGGACACAAACAGCAAUAACUCCGGCGAUCCGUCGAGGCUUGAUUCCGACUCCGGUAGUGCUGCUUCGGUUGGCGGCGCUAGGUACAAGCUUAUGUCUCCCGCGAAGCUCCCGAUCUCUAGGUCACCGUGUAUCACGAUCCCUCCUGGUCUUAGUCCGACGUCGUUUCUCGAGUCUCCUGUUCUUCUCUCUAAUGUCAAGGCGGAGCCUUCCCCGACUACUGGUUCCUUUGCUAAGCCUCCAACAGGACAUGGCUCUCUUGGCUCCAAUCCGUAUUCAGCAACUGCAGUUCCCUCCAACGCAUUCGGAGAAAGAACAUCCAGCUGCUUUGAGUUCAGACCCCAUCCUAGAUCAAACUUGGUUCCUGCAGAUGUGCACCACCGCAUAACUGAACAAUCUGUUCAGGUCCAAGGCCAUUGCCAGAAUCAAUCACUUGCAUCUUCACCUAGGGUCAAAAGUGAGAUGGCAGUCUCCUCAAAUGAGUUUAGUCUAUCGGCACCACUUCCAUCAUCCGGAACUAGUGCACCUGGUGAAGUUGAAUCAGAUGAAUUAAACCAAAUAGGGGUCUCCAACAAUGGGCUUCAGGCAUCACAAACUGAUCAUAAAGGAGGAAGUGGCAUUUCAAUGCCAUCUGAUGAUGGAUAUAACUGGAGAAAGUACGGACAGAAACAUGUUAAAGGAAGUGAAUUUCCACGCAGCUAUUACAAAUGUACACAUCCUAAUUGUGAAGUGAAAAAGUUAUUUGAGCGCUCUCAUGAUGGACAGAUAACAGAGAUUAUCUAUAAGGGUACACAUGAUCAUCCUAAACCUCAACCUAGCCGCCGAUAUUCUUCUGGUGCUGUGUUGUCCAUGCAAGAAGAUAGAUCUGAUAAAAUUUUGUCUUUACCUGGCCGAGAUGCAGACAAGACAUCUAUUGCUUAUGGUCAAGUAUCUCAUACGAUUGAUCCGAAUGGAACACCUGAACUGUCUCCUGUUACAGCAAAUGAUGAUAGCAUAGAAGGUGCUGAGGACGAUGAUGAUCCCUUCUCAAAAAGGAGGAAAAUGGAUACUGGGGGUUUUGAAGUUACUCCAGUAGUUAAGCCUAUUCGGGAACCACGGGUUGUUGUUCAAACACUGAGUGAGGUUGAUAUACUGGAUGAUGGGUACCGGUGGCGCAAAUAUGGACAGAAAGUAGUGAGAGGCAAUCCAAAUCCAAGGAGCUACUACAAGUGCACAAAUGCUGGAUGCCCCGUUAGAAAACAUGUGGAGAGGGCAUCACAUGAUCCAAAAGCCGUUAUAACCACAUAUGAGGGGAAGCACAAUCAUGAUGUACCGAUGGCAAGGACUAGUAGUCACGACACAACAGGACCUACAGCUGUAAAUGGAGCGUCGAGGAUUAGAUCAGAAGAAAGUGAGACUAUUAGUCUUGAUCUUGGGGUUGGGAUUAGUUCGACUACAGAUAAUAGAUCCAACGACCAGCAACAAGCACUGCAUUCGGAGCUUAGCCAAAGCCAAAACCAAGCAAGUGGUUCCAGUUUCAGGAUAGUUCCAAGAGCCACGAUUGCACCUUACUAUGGUGUCUUAAAUGGUGGCAUGAAUCAGUAUGGAUCCAGACAAAAUCCCAAUGAAGGUCGUAGUGUUGAAAUUCCGCCUUUGAGCCAUUCUUCUUAUCCGUAUCCACAGAAUGUGGGAAGAUUAUUAACGGGUCCAUAAAUUUCUUUCAUCAAAAAAAGGUCAACAGAAAUAAAAAAAGAAAUUCCUGUGGAGAAUUUUCAAUUUCUUCUUUUCCUUCUUCCACGCAUCUGGUAAAUGACAAAAGGCUAGAAUCUGAAAUCCGGAAUAUGAAUUGCUCUUACUGUCUUCAACCUGAUGUUGGUAUUAACUUGUUGCGAACUGGAAAAGCUCCCCUCGCAAAUUGUUGUAUUUAUCGAACUUUUUAUGAUCACAAGCUUUGUACAAAUAUGAAAGUAACACAGGUAUUGUUUUUCUAAAAGAAACAGUAUUGUAAAAUUUAGUGCUUGAAAAUGGAUUCAUUUUGAGUUUCCCUCCCUGAGACGAACUUUAAAGAUUUCAA